CUUGUUCAAAUACAUUUUCAAUCUUCUUCCCACCAUCUUCCUUUUUCUUCAUUCUUCUGCUAUAAACAAUCGAUCCUAUAUCUGUAACCGCGUUGCUAGAUUUGAACAAAUCCACCUAAUACUUAUUUAUACGAAUCACCAAAUACUACAAAUCCGUGUUGCUUCUUCUGUUUGAUUGGGAUUGUGGCGAGCGAUGUCGAAUUUGUACGGAGGCGCUUUCGGCGGCAACAAAGUCGACUAUGUCUUCAAAACCGUGUUGAUCGGCGAUUCCGCGGUGGGGAAAUCGCAGCUGCUAGCUCGGUUUUCGAGGAAUGAGUUUAGUAUGGACUCCAAGUCCACGAUCGGAGUUGAAUUCCAGACGAGGACGGUUGAGAUCGAUCACAAAUCUGUCAAGGCGCAGAUUUGGGACACCGCCGGUCAGGAAAGAUAUAGGGCAGUGACCAGUGCAUAUUACAGAGGAGCAGUGGGGGCAAUGCUCGUUUAUGAUAUCACCAAACGUCAAUCAUUUGAUAAUAUGGCUAGGUGGCUGGAGGAACUGCGGGGCCAUGCUGACAAGAAUAUUGUCAUUAUGCUUGUAGGCAACAAAUCCGACCUUGAAGCACAUCGAGAUGUAUCAACUGAAGAUGCUAAAGAGUUUGCCCAGAUGGAGAACCUGUACUUUAUGGAAACAUCAGCACUUGAGGCAACAAAUGUUGAACAAGCUUUCCUGACUGUCCUGACUGAAAUUUAUCGUGUUGUAAGCAAGAAAUCACUCGUUGCUAACGAAGCAGAAUCAGGAGGAAAAGAAGCACUUCUUCAGGGUACCAAGAUUGUCCUUCCUGGCAAGGAACCUGCGUCUGCUGCAAGCAACUUUAGCUGUUGUAGAACAUCAUAGUCUAAUCUUCCAUUUUGGAGUUUUUGAGUAACAAAGCUUCCCAUUGCAGGUGAAAAUGCUAGUGGCAUCAUCGUAAGGGUAGCUAUACGCUGUGGGGCACGCUUUCUUGAAAACCUCUGAAUAAUGACUGGGCUUGCAAACCUGUGGAUUGUUGUAGGCCCCUGUGCAGCAGAACUGAGGCUGACCGAAAGCCAAGCAAGCGCUCUUACAAGCCACCGUGUCUCCACCACCAUUGAUCCUCACCUGCAAUUGCUCCGGACAUUGCAGGUUCAAGUUGGAGCUGCACUCCACAGCUGAACAGUUACCCGAUCCACCAGACGGGAUAAUGGAUAUGGGCAUGUUGAAACCGUCGACAAGGCUGACGUCAUAAAAGUCUUCCGGGCUGUCUAAAGUGAACUCUGCCAGGGAAGCCGGGGGCGUCCCGCCAGUGCCACUGCAUUGCAGGAGGCCGCCACAGUCGCCUGUGGCGCAGUUCCCCUGCUUGCCCGAUUUGUCAAAUGUGCAGCCGCUGCGGGCCCAGAAACGGCCCGACCACCCGAAGGGUGCUACAACAUUGGCUUUCUCAUUUGGUUUGAGCUGCAGGCCGCCGUUUAUGAGUAGAGCAUGGCCGGCUCCUGACAAGGCUCCGGGCCAUAUGGUUUCUUUACACCUGUUUUGCAACGUGAAGACAGCAGCUUUGGAUCCUGAUAUUCAGAGAUCAUAGUAUUUGUUAGUUGGAUUGCUUUUGAUAGCUGUGGAAAGGGAAAACUACCUGUGAAGAAUUGGAGAAGUGAGCCAAGAAAAAGAAGCCAUGAUGCCAUUGUGAUGAACACAGUUGUACAUUACAAUGGAAAUUCACACAUAUAUAUAGGUAUAAUUAUAAUAGUUGGUUGGAACAAUUGUGUUUGCUUUCAGUUGAGAAUGCGCGGAUGUAACGCUGCGGUUUUUAUUCAAUAAAAAACUUAGGUAUUGACAUGAAAUGGUUGAGGGUUAUAUAUUUA